AUGAUGAUACCCCAUGGCUGUUCGUGUCGGAGACCAGCCCUCUUGCUGGCCACCCUGUGUCUCUCCCGUUGGAUAGUACCAGCAUCAUCAUCGCCCAUCUCGUAUAUACGACGUGUACUGGAAGCGCACGAUAAAGAUCCCUACCAAGCAGACAUUAGCUGGGCUCUCAUGGAACGAUACUUGGGACAACAAAAAGUCCGAUCUGGAAAUAUAGGAUUCGAUAUUGCCGAACCCGACCUCGAAUCCAUUGUACUCAACUCACUCGUAUCCUACUUUACACCCUCCUUGACCAAAACACUCCAAGAAACACUCGGUGAUGAAUUCGAUCCACUCGUGCUGGGAGAUCCCGCAUCACAACAACUCGGACAAAUGCAAGUUGGCGAUUGCUCUGCCACGGCCGAAAUUGUCUACCAAAAGGAAAUACUCCGGGGACUCUCCGGUGUCGUACUCGAUGAACUCGAAAUGGUACCCGAAUCGGAUCAGAUUGACGUGUCCUUUUUCGAUGGGGCCCAUUGGAAUGCCACGUGGGAAUUGACGGCCAGUUUUCCCUUGUUGACGGCCGAAGCCAAUGCCACACUCAAAAUACAUGCCUGCGGCACGGAAAAAUUGGCCCAAUCCAUUGGAGGCAUGGCCACCGUCGAACAACCCUCCAUUUAUCUACACAUUGCCGUACAGGGUGACACGUCCAAUCUCAUCUUGUUCCAAUCCACCAGCAAGGUCACACGGGCCAAUAUACUCGAUUUGCGAUUCAACUACGAAUCCAUACAAGCACAAUUGGGGAGUUUUGGUACCAACUUGAGUGAAGUCAACUUUGGACUCACGCUGGGGGAAAUGUUGACUCACGAUGCCACCGUCUUUGAAUUGCUCAUGAAGGAUGCCCUGCAAGCCAAAAUUAACGAAGCCUUGCCGUUUGAACCGAAUAUUUGGUAA